UGUUUCCCGGUCGCCAUGACGACGAGGCUGCCCGCAACGGCGGCGGGGGCUGGUCGUUGAGGUUGCCAGGUGAGUCCGGCCCCGGACCUUGUCCUGCAGUGACCCAGCUCCAUCCACCUGAACACGGACUAUGAGAAGAUGGUGGGGCCGACGAGGAGUAAGCUUAGGGAAUCGGACCCCGACGCGCCGCAGUCCUCCCGCAGCGCGCAAGCCAGGCGGAGGCGGAGUGCCGGGGCGGUGGAGCCCCCGCUGGAGCGCGGAGCGCCGCCGGAGAAGCCCAAGCGGUCCCUGCUGCAGCCUUUCGUCCUCGGCGGCAGGAACCUGCCCGGGGGCGCCCGCAACUAUGCGCAGCGGAAGAUCCGAAAUCUGAACGCGCAAAAUUACUUUCAGCUGGAAGAGGCCACCAAGACCCUUCUUCUCGGCCGCUUCCAAUUCCUCCACAGUCUCCUGGACCAGCUCCGCGAAAAGGUGCAGACAUUGCAGCUGCAUCGCUUCUCCCACAGGACCCUCUUUGGCGUAGCUGCCUUUGUGGGGAUUUUGCACUGGAUACACUUAAUAACACUUUUUGAAAAUGACCGUCAUUUUUCUCACCUCUCAUCUCUGGAACGGGAGAUGACUUUUCGCACGGAAAUGGGACUUUAUUAUUCCUACUUCAAGACCAUCAUUGAAGCACCUUCAUUUCUGGAGGGACUGUGGAUGAUCAUGAAUGACAGGUUAACUGAAUAUCCCCUGGUAAUCAAUACAGUGAAACGCUUCCAUCUUUAUCCAGAGGUAGUCAUAGCCUACUGGUAUCGCACAGUCGUGGGCAUAAUGAAUUUAUUUGGGUUGGAAACCAAGACCUGCUGGAAUGUCACCAGAAUAGAACCUCUUAAAGAAAUCCAGAGCUGUGAAGGAUUGGGAGACCCUGCUUGCUUUUACGUUGGUGUAAUUUUUAUGUUGAAUGGACUAAUGAUGGGAUUGUUCUUCAUCUAUGGUACAUACCUGAGUGGGAGUCAGUUAGGAGGUCUGAUUACAGUAGUGUGCUACUUUUUCAAUCAUGGAGAGGCCACCCGUGUGAUGUGGACACCGCCUCUCCGGGAAAGCUUUUCAUAUCCAUUCCUUGUACUUCAGAUGUAUGUUUUAACUACUAUCCUCAGGACCUCAACCCUUCACAAAAAAUACCUCAUGGCGCUCUGCUUCUCCAAUGUCGCUUUUAUGCUCCCUUGGCAGUUUGCUCAGUUUAUACUUUUUACACAGAUAGCCUCAUUAUUUCCCAUGUAUGUUGUGGGAUACAUUGAGCCAAGCAAAUUUCAGAAGAUCAUUUAUAUCAACAUGGGUUCUGUUAUCCUAUGUUUCAUUUUGAUGUUUGGGAAUCCAAUGUACUUAAGUUCUUAUUAUUCCUCAUCUUUGUUAGUGACGUGGGCAAUAAUGCAAAAGAAGAAUAAAAUUCAAAGAUUGGGAUCUUCUGAACUCCACUUUUGGCUAAUCCAAGGCUGUGCUUGGUGGAGUGGAACAAUUAUUUUGAAAUUUCUGACAUCUAAAAUUUGUGGCGUUUCAGACCAUAUUCGCCUGAGUGACCUCAUAGCAGCCAGAAUCUUAAGGUACACAGAUUUCGAUACCUUAAUAUACACCUGUGCUCCUGAAUUUGACUUCAUGGAACAAGCGACACCACUGAGAUACACAAAGACAUUAUUACUUCCACUUGUUAUAGUGAUUACGUAUUUUAUCUUUAAAAAGAUUGUUCGUGAUAUCUUAUGUGUCUUAUGUACAAACACUUAUCUAAGAAAACAGCUCCUUGAAAAUGGUGAGUUGAUUUUUCACACCUUGCAGUUGCUGGCAUUCACAGCUCUUGCCAUUUUAAUCAUGCGGUUGAAGCUGUUUUUGACACCCCACAUGUGCAUUAUGGCUUCCUUGAUCUGCUCCCGACAGCUCUUUGGCUGGCUUUUUUGUAGAGUUCAUUUUGAGAAUGUUGUCUUCGGUAUUCUGACAAUCAUGUCAAUACAAGGUUGUGCAAACCUCCAUAACCAGUGGAGCAUCAUGGGAGAGUUUACUAACCUGCCUCAGGAAGAACUCAUACACUGGAUCAAACACAACACCAGGCCAGAUGCUGUUUUUGCAGGUGCUAUGCCUACAAUGGCGAGCAUCAAGCUAUCUACACUGCAUCCAAUUGUGAACCACCCACAUUAUGAGGACGCAGACUUGAGGGCUCGAACAAAAAUAGUUUAUUCUGCAUAUAGUCGAAAAAAUGCAGUAGAAGUGAGAGAUAAAUUGUUGGAAUUACAUGUGAAUUAUUAUGUUCUAGAAGAAGCAUGGUGUGUUGUGAGAACAAAACCUGGUUGCAGUAUGCUUGAAAUCUGGGAUGUGGAAGACCCUUCCAAUGCAGCUAAUCCUCCCCUCUGUAGUGUCCUGCUCAAGAAUUCCAGGCCUUACUUCACCACAGUAUUUCAGAAUAGUAUGUAUAGAGUCCUGAAGAUUAACUGAGAACAAAGCUAUCCAUCAUUCUGUGCAAAGAUGUAUGUCAAGAAAGAACACUUCCGGCCUUACAACAAUAAAAAAUCACAAGCUUUACUAAGAGACACUUCAAAAGAAGAUACAGUUAUUUAAAGUUUUCUGGUUACUAACGAUAAAUGACUUCAUUGUUUACAUCAACUGUCAUCCUGUCAAGCUAACCUCAUAAACGAUUAAGUCAUCUCCUACAUCUUCAACAAACGUUCAUUUUAGUUUUGAGGAAACAUGUAUGCAAAAUAACAAUGUAAUUUAAGAAACCAAGGAUAAGUAAUUCCUUUUCAACCCAGCUAGGCAUGCUGCUUCAGGUUUCCCUAGUACCUGUGGAUCAGCCCAGACCCUCUGAGCCAUGUAGAAGAGUGCAGACUUGAGGGACCUGAUGGUGGUGGUGGUGGCCUCAACUCUCAUGUGCUUUGCAUUUACUAGCUACCCCUAAAGAGAGAGUUCUACUAGCUUUUAAGAACCUUUGAAAAUCAUUUCCAGUCCAAGUGUUUCUAAGCACUUUGGUUUGUAAUAGUUUGAAUCUUGUGAAGAUUAUUAACUCAACCAGAUAAAUAUUUGCCACUGAUUAAUUUCCAGACUAAACCCAAUAAUUAUUAGUCUGUCAGUAGAAUCCUGUUGUUUUCUUUUAAUAGCAGGUAAAAUAAAAAUUACAAUGGGACCAAAUCAAAUUCAGGAGUAAUCAUCAGUAAAGAAAAUCCACCUGGGUUUACCAUGUGAGGUUUUCAGGGGCUAGAUUGUGAACAAAGCAAUAGUCUUCUCAUCUCGGUGGCCCCCGGCUUGCUGAGUAUGGUCCGUGUUUCAAGCCGCCAUCUUUUGUAAUCCAUAUUUUAAGUCAUCACUUAGUUUUAGUUUAUGAUGAAGAUGGCAUUGUCUUAUAAAUUUUAUCUCCCAGUAAAAGCUAUCUGUGAUAAAUGCUUUAUAAAUUGGCAAUUACCUUGAAAGUAGAGUGAAUAUGUAUCUGCUACAAAUUAAGCAUCUUGGAGGUUUUAUACUUACAUUUUCCUUAUAUUUUUGACUAGCCAUAAGAGAUUAGUCAAUUUCACAGAUUAGUUUACUUGCAAUAGGUAAGCAUUUAUAUAUAAAAUUACUAUAAAAGUUGGAAAAUAUUUUAAUGCUGGACACAAGAAUGCUGUAUUGUGUAGAUUUUAACAUUUUCAAGUAAUUCCUUUUGUUGUGUGGAUCAGAGAAAGGAAAAGAUAUAACAUUCAUUAAAGUGACAUGUUCAGGACAAUGUCACCAGGGGGAUAUUUUAGAGUAAUUAUCAGAAUUCAACAAAAAUGAUACAAGCUAUGUAACCAAUAAAAUGUUCCAUACACAUAAUAUUUUCCUAUGAAUUUUGUUAUUUUUCUGUACAAUGCUUAUUAAAUCAUUUUAAAGGUCCACAAA